AUGCGUGCGCUGCCCUGUUUUUCCCUACUCAUCGUUUUAUUCGAUCUAUCAUUGGCACAGUAUCAGCAGCCAACAAAUCAACAGUCAAGGGUAAAUAAUCGGGCUUCCCAAUUCCUAGAAAAAGUGAUCUGUACCGGAUGUCAGCUACCGAAUGGGAGGUAUUCCUACUUGCAACAAGGCAGCUAUGGACAGCAAGGUGUUCAGCAACCUAAUGCGCCACCACCUUCAACGUUGCAAAAUCAGCAAUUUAGUCAACAACGAGUUCAACAAACGUACUCUCAGCAAGCUGGCGGUUAUCAGCAGCAGUACAAUGGGAAUGCGAUGGGCUUAUACAAUCAGCAACAACAAACUCUACGUACUGGCUCGGCAAUUGUUCUGAACACACCACAAAGACUGGAUACAUUCAGUGCAUCGACAGUAAACGGCGCCCAAGUGCAGAUCCGGCUGACCUCGUACCAAAAUCCGACGAUGGCGCUUACGAACACCACCACGUGCAAUUGUCCGAUCAGCUAUUGUGAUUACCUUCCACAAAAUCAGCAGAAUGCGUGUUCGUUCAGCUUCGUCACCGUCAUCUCUUCCGCUUAUCAGUCCGUGCAAUAUAUACAAUCAGACUUCAAUCCCUUCUUUGGAACAAUAUCCACUGGCAACUGGACCAAUCCCCAUACAUUCCAGAUGAUCGCCAAACCGGUUGCUAUCGACGUUUUUGUGCAGCACUUAGGAGUGUCCAUAGACAGAGCGACAGGAAAUUUACUGUACUUUGGCAGACUGCAGCUGGUUGACUGUUUCGUUGUCGAUUUAUCGCGCUUUAAAAGCAGUACCGGGGGAGAACAAUCGCUGACUUUGACUGGCACAGAACUGGGAACUCAGCUUCAACUGGUACUGAAUGUGCAAUGCAUAAACGGAAUGAUGGGAGAAAUGUGCGAUAUGACCUGUCAAACGGGAUCAGCUAUAAACAACUACGUCGUAUGUACAAAUAAUCGCACUGGAGAUUACCUCAACUGCACCUACAACAGCUACAAUGCACAGAUAACGAAUUGUGUGCUAUGUGUUCCUAGCGGAAGUUCCUUCAAUGGUACAUGCGUCAUGCCAGUCCAAGAAAUCUACACGGGAGUCUCGUCAGCUUUUCGAGUCUGGACUAUUGUUCUUGGAUGCUUGCUAGGAGUGGCAGUGCUGCUCAUCCUCUGCCUCAUCAUAUCGUACAUCAUAAAAGUCCGGAAUGAGAAUCCGUCAGAGUCUGCUAAUGUCUACGAUAGCAUGCAACCUCCUAGACCAAAAAACGUACGUGUAAAAAAUCGAGAACGGUAUGAGGAGCCAUCAACUUACAAGUCCACAACUUCCUACACCAAUGGUCGCGCGUCUCGACCACUCAUACAAGAGGACGAAUGGACGACAGUGACUAGGAAGCCUAUAACAACUGAACGUGAGGAGAGUUAUACUCGUAAUGGUAUCACCACUACAACGACUAAAGUAUCACGGCAGGAGCAUCAAGUAUGACAAAAUGCUCAACAAAAUUUUCUGCACAUAUAAUUAUAACUGCCUUCCAAAUUGCUGCCGUUAUAGAGAGGUCGCUAUUUUAUAAUAAAUGGUCUCUUCUUAUCUAAUAAAUGGAUAACUUGCAUUUGUUUCGCUAUUACUUAGUCAAAGAUUUCUGUGUUAAGGGAGUAU